UAAGUUACUUUUUAAAGCCAAAUCCAUCCCUAGUUCAAAUAAACAAAGGAAAAGUCCUCUAUAAAAACACUCACUCGCUCCACGUGUGCCUCUCUCUAAAACCGGCGCUCUCCCAGAUCUCUCAACCGCCAUGGACCCACCGGCGGCCCCCUCCGCCACCCCCUUCCCAAACCCCAAGCUCCGCCUGAUGUGCAGCUACGGCGGCCACAUCCUCCCUCGCCCCCACGACAAGUCCCUCUGCUACGCCGGCGGCGACACCCGCAUCGUCGCCGUCGACCGCCGCACCACCGCCUCCUCCCUCUCCUCCCUCCUCUCCCACCUCUCCAAAACCCUCCUCAACACCACCGCCACCACCAACGUCACCCCCUUCUCCCUCAAGUACCAGCUCCCCGACGAAGACCUCGACUCCCUCGUCUCCGUCGCGACCGACGACGACCUCCACAAUAUGAUCGAGGAGCUCGACCGCAUCGAACGCUCCCCCAAGCCCGCCCGCGUCCGAUUGUUCCUCUUCCCGUCCAAACCCGAUUCCGAUUCGGGUUUCGGGAUGGACUCCUCCAAGGCGGAGUCUUGGUUCUGCGACGCGCUGAAGAGCGUGAAGAUAAUGCAGCAGAGGGGGCCGCGGGACGGGGAUUCGGGUCCGGAGUCGAUUGUGUUGGAGACGAACUCGUCGUUCGGUUCCACGGGGUCCUCGAUUUCGAUGUCGAAUUUGCCGCCCAUCGGGGUGGAGGAUGGGGGCGUGAAUGGGCAGGAGAGGAAGGUUAAGGUUACAUCACCGGAUUCAAUUGAAAGUGAAAACAGUACUCUAAGUGCUGUCUCCCAUCCACAGACUACAAUUUAUCAAGACACAGUUCAUUUUCCUUCAACGGAAUCCGGGGUUUCUUUUAAUGCUGUUGAGACAGAUUAUGUUUCCAGUGAUCCGGCAUCUGGAAUUCAUAUGAUGAAAACUGUUCCGCUACCGCCUCAUCAAGUAUCGUCUCAUUCAGAUCAGAUACAACACCUACAACAGAUGUCAUAUGUUCAAACAGGUGCCCAUUACACCCCCCAGUAUUCUCAGUUGCCAAUGUCAGCUUACUAUCCCAUGUAUUAUUCACCUUUGCAUCAAAGCACACCUAACCCUUAUCAGCCAAAUCCUCCAUACCCAGUUUACUUUGUGCCUGUUAGGCCUACCCAAUCUUAUAAUACGCCUAUGCAGUGCAAUUUUCAAGAUAAUGCCACAACUGCUCCGAGUAGGCCCCCUAUGCAUCCUCCUAUUACCAUGAUGGCUCCUACGUUGGCUCCAGUGCUACCUGAAUCUGCCACAAAAGUUUACAAGCCAGUGGGAGCAACCCAACUUCUCCCUGUACCUUCAAAUCAAAACCAACCCCCGCUUAUGGAUCUUUCUGAGAUCAGUCAUUCAUCUCAAUGUGUAACCGCUGCUUCAAUAGCUGCUGCCAAUUAUGAAAACGAAUAUGAGGAUGAUCUGGCUUACACUCAGAUUUACAAAACUCAACCUUCUGUACCUGCUGCAUUGCUGUCACAGUACCAGACCAUGACAAAUGCGGGAACAGUAGUGGUAUCUGAGGCUUCCAAGCUGCUGCAUGGGGAAAAUGUUAAACAGCAAACUGGAACUUCACAGCCACAAUGAAGUUUUGUAAUCCCGAAAUAAGCGAUUUGUAGGAGAUGAUAUCUAUUUACCUGCUGUUCGUUUUCUUUUCCCUUCUUGGUAUCUGUAUGUGUUGUGGGUGAGACAAAUAUACUUGUGUAUCCUCUUUUUUUUUCUUUGAAUGUGUUAUUUAUUUGUUUACUGAAGUCAUAAGGGAUGCCUGAGAUUAUACAGUAAAAGUUGUAUUGCAA